AUGAAAUAUUCGUCUAUGGACGACAUACUAACUGCCAUUAGCUUACUCUUGAAUGCUAUCCUAUCAAAUACCUCAUUUGCUCCUUUGGGGACUCAGGAGGGUCUGAACUAUGAUGAGUUUGCAAGGGUUGGCAGCCUUACAUUUUCCCAGCUAGCAGAACUACGCCAUCGGGGUGCAUUCAGCGCAGUCUCGCAAACAUUUGUCUCUUGUUGCCAGAGAUGUAGUGUUUCGAAGGACAAUGCCGUUGCCGAACUUCCUCAAACUUGGUUUAAGGAAAUAUUGAGCACUAUCUAUGGUCAAUCGGCAAAACUUACCCGUCGGUCUGCAGGGCUCCCUGCGUUGGCUCUGGGCGUAGCAUCAUCUGCAAAGCGGCCAUUCUUCCAUGAAAUCAUGGAAAAGCUCCAGGACAUCGCCAAAAUUCCGCCAACUUCCGUCUCGGAACAGGUGGAUGUAAAGCUUCCACAGGUCCACGCCAUGAAUUGCUUAAAAGAUAUAUUCACUGCAACGAAUCUAGCCACAGUGACAGAAGAGUACUUGAUGCCGGCACUGAGUAUCUCUGCUGAAUGUCUCGGUUCUGAAAUAUUCCCUGGCCUGAUACCACUUCUUACCGGUCUUCUUGAAAAAGGGGCGGCAAAGGGUUCCUCUGAUAAUACUUUAUCAGAGCAGCUAUCGAUUACCACUGAAAGAGUAUUCCCUGCCUUGGAACUUAUCGGAAACAAGUUCCCCUCUCCUGCUACAAGUGAAGAUGAGCGCAUUCUAGAAUCGGUUUCAUGGCAGUUCGACAGCCCUGUAUGGGGGAUUCGUGAUCAUGCUGCAAGGACAUAUGCCACUCUCGUUGACAGAGACGAUAUACUUUCGGUCAUAUUGAAGUUAUCUAAGACAUCGAUACAGGGCCAGAACCAGCUACACGGAAUAGCUUUAUGCAUCAAAUAUCUGCUUCGACGCAUAUGUGCUGCGCCUGUAGCAUACUAUCAAUGUAAGCGAUCCAUAACACUAUUUGAUAUUCAUAGCACUAAAUAUCUUUUAGCAUUACUCCCUGCCGUCGUCUCCACCACUGAACCAAUGUUUACCAAUUUAGGACGUCAUGUAUCCUCACCUUUUACCCUGAGGGAACUCGUUGAGAUUAUCAACGACCUCUUACAAAGUGGAAUGACAAAAGGAACUGAAGAUACUAUUGUCGACCAUUUCGAUGCCAUAUCAACUAUCUUACAUCUGGAUAAACACUAUCAAAAUAUCAUAUAUAACCCAAAGCCUGGUUCUCCGAUGGAACGAUCGUCAUCUCUCCUUCUAGAGAGUAUCGCCUUUAGCUAUUUAAUGACUGGGGCCUUGCUUAAAUCGCCAGUUGACGAUUUGGCUCAGUUCAUCCAAACUGUCUCACUCGUUGAUGCUGAUAUUGCUGCAUCCAUACUAGGGCGGUUUUCCAUGGUUUCACUCGGUCACUUGAGCUCUCGUAGUGACCGGCUAAAGCUGUAUUUCCGCAUAAUCACAGACGGCCUUUCGAAGGAUACUAGGUUAAUUGCUAUAUCGAGCCUUUCGGACGAGCUUGAAGCAAUUCAGGAAAGUGCAGAAGAAAGCCAUGCAGCCUUCAGGGAACUCGACUUCCUGGUAUCAUGGUCGUCUACGCUCCCCAUUUCAGAGAGCCCCGGUGAACCUCUAUGGGGCCGCAAAAUGACCGAUGCCACCAUCCGGCUUCAAGGAUGUCUACUUUCAUUACAUAUUAGGCAAAGCCCCAGCAUUCUAAGCUCCGACUCUACCUUUAUAGAACGUUUCAAUAAGCUUGUCCAGCAGUUAUCAGUUUCGAUGCGAGAUGAGACAGUGAGUGCAAUUUACAUGUUGUUAAGCCUAAGGGCUGCAAAGAUACAAUUUCCCGUAACACCGAUACUCAUUGAUGUCAUGUUUGUGCUGUACGACAUGCUCAAUGAUGAUGAUGUUGAGAUCCGAGAGGCAGCCACUCUUGUAGCUUCCAAAGCUCUCGCGGAUGAUUUGAUGGUUUUCAGGCUUCCUGCUGCGUCUGCCUCUGCCAUCGCAGACUUGUUAACCCGCCAAUACCCGGGGUCCAGCGGAGUAUUUGAAGGUGCUCUUCAACGUUUCCUUGGAGCGCCUAGUCAGCGACGACUGUUUGUCCCUGUGGCUGAGACGCUAAACAAGGCUAUCAAUGAAUCAACAGCGUUGUUCGCGGAGGAGAAACAAAAUCUUUAUAUUGAUGAAGUUAGGGAGAUCAAGUUAUGGGGCCAGCAUCUUAUCCAACUUGAAAAGGGCGCCAUAAACUGCUCUCUAUAUGGGCAUUUCAGCACAUGGGUGAUGGAUGGACUGGAUUCUCUAAUCCAACUAGCAGCAGACAAAUCCAAGGACUCUCUGCUGGGCUGGACAUCAAAUACAGACGUCUUUGUGAUUGGUAUUCGCAUUCUUUAUGGAGCAAAGGUCCUUCUACUCACACAUAGAUCAGUUUCUAUAGAUGUCAACACUAUAGAACUGACCCACAAGCUCCAGGCUCUUUAUACCUGCACAUACACCUCAGAGUUGAAUCCAGCUUGGAGCUCCCUUCUAGAGGGCGGCGUCAACAACAUGAAUAUCCUGAUAGAAUAUUCAUUCUCAUUUUUCUCUGACUCCUAUCCUUUGAUAUUCAUCCACCACAAGGGCCUGAUCUAUCGACUAUCCACCUCCGGUGAGGUAAACCGUACACCCUAUCCUUAG